AUGAACCCUUUAGAAAAGCAAAGGAACAUGGCUGAUUCUAAUGCGGAACGGUCGCGUUUACAUGUAUCAGUCCGUGGCAUCAAAGUGAAGAUGCUGUCGCGAUGCGUCGUGUCGCAAGUGAAGCACAACUCGUACUUCCUGGUGGGGCUGGCACUGGGUCUGUGGUUGGCGUUGGCGACGGUGCCGCUGGAGGAGGAGAGUGCAGCAUGUGUAGCGCCGGCGGCUGCGGUGGGGGUGGACGAGUGGGAGCCGGUGCGAGAGCAGCGCGAGAUGGGCGCGGCGGGUGCAGCGGGACGCAGCGUGCAGCGGCCGCGCUACUACAGCACGGAGUUGGGCAUGCGUGCUGGGCUGCUGGCGGGCGCGCUCACUUCCGAGGAGGCGCUGGGGGGUCGCGCGGCGGCGCUCAACCGUACUGCGGCGCGCUUGCUGCCCGCGCUGCGCUUCUUCAUCACGGCCAGCGCGCUGCGUUCCGCCCCCGCUGGCGCCAAUGUCGUCGGCUUCACCGACACCAGGGAGAUGCUCAAGCCCUUCCAUGCACUCAAGUACCUCGCUGACAACUAUCUGGAGGAAUACGAUUUCUUCUUCCUUGUCACUGACACAACAUUUGUGAAUGCACAACGCCUUACUGAACUUGUAUCCCGCCUCAGUGUCAGUCAAGAUGUUUAUAUGGGCACUGUAGCUGAAGAUGACACACAGUACUGCUCUUUAGAGAGUGGCAUCCUUCUGUCCAACUCAGUGCUGCGAGCUAUACACGGCGCACUGGACUGGUGCGUGCGCAACUCCUACUCGCCACAUCACCACGAGAACAUCGGCCGCUGCGUGCUUCACGCCGCGCACAUCACAUGCACCUCCUUCCUGCAGGGCGACCACUACUUGUCGUGGAAGCUGACGGGCGAGAUGGAGCCGCAGCCCGCGCUGGCCGACGCGGUCACCGCGCACCCCGUGCACACGCCAGAACACCUCUACCAGCUGCACGCCUAUGUCUCCAGGGUGCUGCUGCAGCGCGCGCAGGAGCAGGUGUCGCAGCUGCGGGUUGCUGCAGCGCUGAGCGCGCGCCGACACCCGCGCGGCUUCCGCAAUGUGAGCUGGCCGGCCGGCCUGCGGGCCACGCCCGGCCUGGCUGCACCGCCGCCCGCAACCAGGUUCGACCACCUGCGCUGGACCACGUUCAACGCGACGCACGCGCUGCUGCCGGACGACCACCGCGCCGCCGCUCCCCUCACCGGACCCACGAAGGCUGCAAUUGACCUGGUUUUGGAAGAGGGUGGCGCGUGGGCGCGGCGGCGCUGGGCGAGUGCGCGCGUGACUCUACUGGAGGGUGCGUGGUGCUGGCAGCCGCCGCACGCGCUGCGCUACCGCCUGCUGCUGCAGCUGCAGCACGAGCGCGGCGUGGCCGUGCGGCAGCUGGAGGUGGCGCGCGUUCUGGGCGGCGCGCGCCUCGCGCCGGCGCGCUACGUGACGGAGAGCGCGCGCGUGCUGCUGCUGCUGCCGCUGCGCGCGCGCCACGUGGACGACGCGCGAGCGCUGCUGCGCCGCCUCGACGCCUGCCUGCGCGCCGACCGCAACGCCGCGCUGCUGCUGCUCCUGGUUGUGGCGUCGCGCAACGAGAGCGCUGUUUUCCAGCCGGUGCGCGACGCAGUGCGCGAGCUGGCCGCCAAGCACCGCGGCGCGGACCUCGACCUGAUGGAGACCGAGCUGGACGUGGAGAGGGAGGCGGCGGGUGAGGGCGAGGGGGAGAGCGAGGACGAGGUGCUGGCGAGUGGGCAGCGGCUGGCGCUGCGCGUGGCGCUGCCGCGGCUGCCGCCGGACCAGCUGGUGCUGCUGGGCGUGCCGCACAUGGACUUCAACCAGGACUUCCUCAAUAGGGAAUUUAUAAUGACAUUUUUAACAAACAUUUAUAGUUCGUUACGAUCACUGCUUGCCAGUAAUGCUGCCUUCGGAUGGCAACGCCGCCUCCGGCUGUUAGCAACGCCUCAAGCAACGUCGCACGUACGGCAGCCCAAGGCCAAGCCGAAGGUGCGCAUGAACACGAUCGCGGGCGAGCAGUGGUUCCUGCCGGUGGCGUUCGCACGCUACGCGCAGUUCCUGCACCCGCGCUUCGUGGACGCGGCCGGCGCGCGCGCGCAGCAGGGCACCGGCCGCUUCAACGCGCGCCGCCGCCACGUCGUCGCUUUCUACCGCGCGGACUACGACGCCGGUAAGUGCAGCUGCCACACGUGGCCACGCGCUGCCUCACGCAACACGCCCCCGCGCAGUUCCUGCACCUGCGCUUCGUGGACGCGGCCGGCGCGCGCUCGCAGCAGGGCACCGGCCGCUUCAACGCGCGCCGCCGCCACGUCGUCGCUUUCUACCGCGCGGACUACGACGCCGGUAAGUGCAGCUGCCACACGUGGCCACGCGCUGCCACACGCAACACGCCCCCGCGCAGUUCCUGCACCCGCGCUUCGUGGACGCGGCCGGCGCGCGCUCGCAGCAGGGCACCGGCCGCUUCAACGCGCGCCGCCGCCACGUCGUCGCUUUCUACCGCGCGGACUACGACGCCGGUAA